GUCGGAAUGUGGAAAAUGGCUGUUUGUAUGUAGACUUGUAGAACUCUAGUUACAAAAUAUACGCGAAAAUCUUGCAGUGCCGCGAAAGUGAGUAAUUUUCACAAUAUUAUGUGCAGACAUCCUGUGCUCUUGGUUGUUCAUCAAUAAGAAUCCCACUAGAUCUACAAGGUGUCAAUGAUGACAGACACCACGGCAAGCUCGCCGACUGACGACACAUCGGCAGCAUGUGUUCCGCACAUCAAGAAAGAGCUUGAGGCAUUUGUAGACUGUUCGCCAUCGAACAGCGAUGUCUACUCUCCUACCACAACCGUAAUGCCAGAACCUAGCAUCAUUUCACCAUGCAGUAAGAUUGAAUACGGCACUUUAAGUUACGAAAGAAAACUUAGCUCACCAGGCAGCCCUGAACGACAGUAUUGCUCUUCAACAACACAACCUCACACAGACUCAGGAUUGGGACAUAUAGAGGGAGAAAUAAAAGAAGACGAUUCACCUCGAAGAUUAUGUCUAGUUUGUGGGGAUGUGGCAUCUGGAUUUCACUAUGGUGUUGCUUCUUGUGAAGCUUGUAAAGCAUUUUUCAAAAGAACGAUUCAAGGUAACAUCGAAUAUACUUGUCCAGCAUCGGGUGAAUGCGAAAUCAACAAACGAAGACGAAAGGCCUGUCAGGCGUGUCGAUUUCGAAAGUGUCUCAGAUCGGGAAUGCUGAAAGAGGGUGUUAGGCUUGACAGGGUAAGAGGUGGCAGGCAGAAGUACAGGAGAAAUCCAGAAAGUCCAUAUCAAGUUCAAGUAGUCAACGCGCAGAGACCUAUGCUGAUGUUAGAAGAUAUAAAAAUGUUGGAAGCAUUGGCAAGCUGCGAACCUGACUGUUUAGAUACAAACGCGGCACUAGAUACCUCAUCAAAGCACAAGACGUUAUCUAUUCUGAGCGACCUUUAUGAUAGGGAACUAGUUGGUAUUAUAGGAUGGGCGAAGCAGAUUCCUGGAUUCACAGAUCUGUCUCUCAAUGAUCAGAUGCGAUUGCUCCAAAGUACUUGGGCGGAAAUCCUAACGCUAACAUUGGCCUUCCGAAGUCUCCCGUUGAUUGGUCUUGGCAGGCUAAAGUUUGCUGUGGACUUUUCCUUAGACGAGAAGCAAAGUAGGGACUGCGGGGCUACAGAACUCUACCAAACGUGUUGUCACGUGGUAGAAAGGUUGGAAAGUUUGAACAUCCUCAAAGAAGAAUACUACCUAUUAAAAGCUCUUGUCUUAACAAACUCGGAUGUGAAGAUUGACGAGUAUCAGGCGUUGAAAAAAUUUAGAGGUUCGAUUUUGUCUGCCCUGUCUGAUGCCAUCGGAAUUUUGAGGCCAACAGGCGUAUUGAACCAAGUCCAACAACUCUUACUUUGCCUACCCGCAUUGCGACAAGCAAACUACGUAGUUCGACGUUUCUGGUCAGAUGUCCACCAACAGGACUUGGUGCCAAUGAACAAACUGUUCCUGGAGAUGCUCGAAGCAUAUUCGCGGUGAUAAGAUGUUAUUUUGUUAUCAGAAGGUGAUAAAACGUCGGUGCAAGAUGUGCAUUGCGCAUGUGCGGGUCUCCUUCCUACAGGAAAAUUUGUGCUCGAUCGCCCGUUUGUGUUAUUAGUUGCGUCAUUGAAGGUUUUCUUAGGAAGUCAAUGAGAACAAUUCCGAUUUUGAUUUUUUAAAUUUCCGUUUUUAACUAUUUGAAAUCAGAAACCUUCCAGAAGGUUUUCGGCUUUGAUGGAUGGCCGAGACCAGAAAUCCGUUCAUUUCGGCUAGUCGGAGUCCAAAUCACCGAGGACUUGAUUUGGCAUGAACAAUCGUGACAGCUGCUGGGGAAAAGCUAGCUUAUUUGUUUAAUUUUCAAAUUAUUCAAUAUAUUCAUUGUUGUAAAAAUGUUCAGAAUUUCCAAUUUUGGAAUAUGUGGCUGAGAUAAAUGUAGAUUUUAAUCUCAAGACUGUCGAGAAGCUUUGCGACGACUUUUUCUCGUCUUCCAUUAUUGAAAUUAUUCGAUGAACUUAUAUCUCUUUUGCUCCGAAUGCGUUCUCCCUCUCUCGUGUGCGCAAUCCCAGCAAAUCCUCAUAUCUCUUCCUACAAAAGUCAUUUGAGAAAAACAAAUAUUCAGUAGGGUCCUUUAGGGGGCUGAAUCCCCGUAGGGGAGCCCCCUGAUAUAUUGACAUAUUAUUUUGGAAUAUCCUGUACACGUUGCACAAAUAUUGUUAAAACAUGUUUCCCCUCUGGAAGGUUUCUAAUCUUGAGCAACAUAGAAAUUAAAAAAAAAAGAAUCAUAAAAUCGUACCAGUUCUCGUUGCUUUUUUUUGUCUUUGACACGACUAAUAUGGCGCCGAAUGAUUUGGUUUGGUUGUUUUUGCGUGGAAUGGUUCGUAUACGAUACGAUAUAUUCUUUUAUAGUUUAGCUCCUUCUCGGUAGUUGUGAAGAUCUUUGCACCUCCUCACAUGGAUCCUUUUAUUUGCAAAACUCGAUCAAUAAAAGUCCAAAAACAGUUAUUUGAGUUCAUAUGCGCAUGAUAUUAACUGUUUUAAAUGUAUAGUUCACAUCAAACUUAAGGUGACUGUUUACAUCUUUUUUUCUUUGCUUCUGCAGUCAAUAACAGGUGCAAUGAAGGGUGAUCCAACUGCAGCACUUAAAACCAUGGUGGACCUCCCACUGAAUAUGUAAUAAUGCGGGAGGUGAGAAUGAGCUUCUCUAGGAUACAGCUACAGCCAAUGGGAAGAUAUGAGGAGUUUGGACAUAAUCAAAUAAGGAAAUGUAUUGUCGGACAGUGGUAGUUCUACUCGGUGAUUUCAAUGCCCAUAAUGAGCUUUGGUUGGGCUCAAACAAGACCGAUGCAGCAGGUCGUGCAGUCGAAGCGUUCGCUCUUACUCAUGGGCUGACCCAGCUGGUGACGAGCCCUACUUUUUCCCCCGCGUCUCGUCACACGCCAGUAGCCUGCUAAAUCUCUUGCUGACCACGCAUCCUGUCCCUUACAGCACGGAUGUCCUGUCCCCCCUGGGUAACUCAUACCACGGUGUUGUGGAGGUUAGGUUUCGGUCAGAACCCGCUGUGGCAGCAGAAACUCGUACAGGCCGCAAAACUUGGCAUUACGGACAUGCCGACUGGGAGGGGCUCAGAGACUUCUUCUAUAGCUUUCCUUGGAAAGAUGUCUGUUUCACAGACGCGGAUGCGUCGGCUGUCUGUUCUUCGAUAACCGAAAUUAUCCACGUCGGAGUGGAGGAAUACAUCCCUCACACAGUGAAAGUGCCUAGACCAGGGUCCAACGGCUGGUUUAACAAAUCGUGUGACGCUGCUCGCCAGCAGAAGAUCAAGGCACACAGAAACUUCUUACAAAACCCCACUGUAGAGAACAGACAAGCCGACGUUGAGUCCAGAAACAAAUAUAAAGAAGCAGUGCGCAAUGCCAAAAACCAGCACGAUAUAACAGUUAGGCCCAGGGUAAUGUCGCAGCGCAAUGGCAGUCGGUCUUUCUGGACGCUGGCCAGACAGAUUGAAAAGAACUUCUCACACAGUAGCCUUCCACUACUUACGUGUCAGGAUGGAACUAUUGUAUUCAAGUAAAAACCAAGGCGGAAGUGCUAGCCAAGAUCUUUGCUGCCAACUCCACCAUGGACGUUCCCCCCAACGCCCAAGUGCCAUCAAUUCAAAGGGUUCCCUACACUAUGCGGGAGGUAACAUUCAGGCAUAAGACCGUAAGACGAGUGCUCUUGUCGCUCGACAUCAACAAAGCUUCUGGUCCGGACUUGAUUCCUGCCAUUGUACUGAAGAGGUGUGCAGCGGAGCUUGCUCCAGUUCUUUCGCGUCUCUUCCAGAUAUCUUAUGAAUCCGGCACCUUCCCAGAAAACUGGAAAUUUGCUCAUGUCCAACCCAUCCCAAAAAAGGGAUCUAAGACCGACCCUUACAACUACAGGCCUAUAGCUCUGCUUUCUGUUUUAAGUAAGGUGAUGGAGAGGUGCAUAAAUCGCGAGCUUCUGGACUAUCUCGAACGUCACAGCUUGAUUAGCGACAGGCAGUAUGGUUUCCGGCACCAACGAACCACAGGGGACCUCAAUCGUCACUCAAUUCUGGAAUAAACUCAUCCAGUCUUAUGGUGAGUCUCAUGUCGUUGCUCUUGACAUCACGAAAGCGUUCGAUCAGCUGUGGCACGCUACCCUCUUAAGCAAACUUCCAUCUUAUGGCCUCCCAGAAAAGCUUUGCAGAUGGGUGGCUGACUUUAUCUCUGGCCACAAGAUAUCCGUCGUAAUUGAUGGGUUCUUCAUCCCAUAACGUCAACGCGGGUGUUCCCCAGGGAUCGGUCUUGGCUCCGACACUGUUUCUCUUACAUAUUAACGACCUCCUUUACUGCACGAUCCCUAGCAAUGACUUCUUCUCUGACAAGAGACCUGGAGGCUAUCACUGCUUGGGGACGCAACAAUCUUGUACAGUUCAAUGCUUCCAAAACACAGUACUGUACUUUGACGAACAAAAAACGUCUCUGCGCUCGCUCGGUUUCGAUGGAUGGCCGAGUUCUGCCAAAGAGCCAUUCAUUUCGGCUGGUCGGAGUCCAGAUCACCGAGGACCUGAUCUGGCACGAAAACAUCUCGUCAAUAGCUGUAGCCGCUGGGAAAAAGCUAGGCUAUUUAUUUAGGGCUAAAAAGUACUUUUCUCCGCAUGACCUUCUCACUCUGUACAAGGCUCAAAUAAGGCCUGGCCUCGAGCAUUGCUCAGACGUUUGGGGUGCUGACGCCCCGACUACAUUAUCCAUGCUCGAUGCUGUCCAGAGCAGGGCGGUCCGACUGGUCGAUGACUCUCCUCUAACAGUCUCGGGACUCUUUCGCACCGGCGGGCUGUCGGCGAUCUAGCUCUUUUCUACCGUUACACCAACGGGCUUUGCUCCUCAGACCUCUCUUCCAUGAUGCCACCGCGCGAUGUGCCUGCCAGACAGACCCGUCUGACUUUGGCGUCCCAUCCUAACCGUGUCGGAACUUCGUACAUCCAGAACUGGCCGAUACGACCGCUCUUUUGUCCCGAGGGUGUCGAGAUUGUGGAACAAUCUACAAGAGGAAGCUUUUCUCAGUUCUAUUAACCUUAGGCAGUUCAAAAAUCGUACUAACAAAAUUUCUUUGGGAUGAUCAUAGCAGCCGCGUUGUUCCGGCAUUUAGGCUUCUGCUUGCGCAGCUGCUUCUAUAUAAAAAAAAGAAAUAAAAAACGUCGAUGCGAUGAAAGAUCACAUAGAUCCCAGACUUGUAUUUAAAAAGAACUUCGAGGCCAAAAUGUAAAUUCUAACGAAAUACUAAAGGCACAAUCUGCAGGCGGAAACUACAUGGUACACUGAUGGGUUCAAAAACUGAACAGGGUUCAGGUGCAUGCCAUUUUGAGUCGGACUGACCCAUCAACAAAGGGCUGGUUGGUCACAAGUCUAAAUGGUGACGUCACGCCAUUUGCUUUCCGUUUCGAAUUUUAAAUUUAACGUGUAUUUCCCCAUUGUUUAUAAUCUAAUACUGAUAAUUUUGUAGCGCUCAAGUAUAAAAUGAGAUGUAAGGUGUCAUCCUCUAGCAAUAUAGACUAUAAGUAAUUGACCGAUAUUUGAUCACAUGCACAUUCCCUAUUAUAAUGGAAGCUAUUACAGAUCCAGAAAUAUGUUGAAAGUGCUGAAGUUCCCUGGGUCGAUGCCAAUAUCUACAUUGAAAACAGUUAAUAUCACAUGGUCAUAAAUAAUUAUUUCGCAUUUUUUUAUUGAUAUAGUAAAUUUGCAACCGUACCAUUAUGAGGAAGUACCAAGAUGAUCCACUUGAUACUAUAUGUAAUACAAGUCGUAAACAGAUCGGGAAAUUCGAUAUUUUGGCUCUUUCGUGCCGAUUCCAAGUACCAACACUAAAGACUUAAUAGGCAUUAAGGUAUUACCAUUGUGAAGGGUCUCCCCAACUGCCCCCGAAUAAACACACAACACACCUAAAACCAUCCAAAAUCUGACUGUAAGUGUACCGACAGACACUGGAUUUAUCAGCUUUUUUGUCAUAUAUUCCAUAAACUCGGUACAGGUUUACGCUUCAACUACAUUUUUUAAUGGUGUGCCAUUACAAAAAUAAAUGUUAUGACAGAUUUAUCAACUUCCGAGCCAAAUGUUUCAAAAAAGGGGUCGGCGGUUCUUCAAAUAUUGAAAUGUGUGUCUUAUGCCCCUCAUGCUUCAUAUCAGUUUUAUAAAUAUUUUUUCCCGCGAAAAGUGUGAUUUAUAACUUUAUGGGAAGAAAAGUUAUUCGUAAAACAUUUAAGUGAUCCUCCAGCUUUUAGGACCCUACGUGGGAGAUUACGCAAUUUUUCCUAACCCAACUAUCCUGCUAACUCCACCACAAAGUCACUUGGCUAUUAGCUCCCUCAAGUGUGUUUUUUCAAUUUCUCUCACAAUAUCGUAACGUGUAUGGGCUAUUUUAGGAAAUAUCUAGAUAUUUUUUUCAACCGAAAUUUCCCAUACGCACGAAUCCAAGAUCCUCAACACACACAUGUUUCCCCUUGAAACAUUUUCGACUACGCCUGAAACAAUUAGAAACACCAAAAACGUUGAAGAAAAUAAUACAACAACACUUCAAUCCAAAACUUCACCCGUAAAACAAAAAUAUUACUCGGGAAACAAUAUCUAGACAUUUUCUAAGUGCUUUGAUUGAUUUUCCUUCAGAAUAAAAUAACGUUAAGGCUGUGACAAACUUGCAGGACAAGUAACUGUAAUUUUAUUUAAGUAUAUUGUAUAUUUUUUAAAUGUAGAAGGUCGUGUGAAGAUUUCAUCCCCAGAUUAUUCUUUUUUUCGAUUUAUAUACACAAAAAUUAUAAUAACUAUAAUAGAGAAAAUAUUAUUUUUUGAACAGAUAUUUUAUAUUGCAGUACGAAUAUUUUUGAAACAGAUAAUAGCUAGAUCUCACAUGUCAACUGAUAUACAGGAUGUUUAAGAACACCAUUGCUUCGGAUACUGGAAAAUAGUUGAAAAAACGAUGUUCGCAUUCAAGGGACGACUUCCUUAAAGCACUUAAUAUCAGUGUCCAUUCGAUGUAAACGCCCGCUACAUAAAGCAGUAAAGUGCUGUAAAUUUCUGCAUGCGCCCAAUGUAACCUAGGAAAGGAAUGUCACUGAUUUCAUAAAAAGCCAGCGAACUCAAAAAUCUAACAGCUCAAAAACUAAGCAAAUUUUUGUAGUAUGUAUGCUACAUUCAGUUUAUAUUACCUAUUUUUUGAGCUCAAUAUGGACCCUGUGUAUUACUACAGUUGACAAUAUUAUUGGAAGGAGGGGUAUUGAUGACUAAUCUUGUGAUAACUACAUGGUAUGCUCUAAAAUGGAACUUGAUUGGCAGAGGGAAAUUACACUGUCCUAAUGAUUGAGUACAUUUAUAAAAACCGUACUACCUGAUAAAAAAAGCUAAAAAAGUGUGCUCAAACUACAAGCAAUAAAAAUUCUGCACAAGUUGUGUUUUGGAAUACAUGUAUAAUGAAAAAGUGGAGGAAAAUGAAAACUAUCUUUUGUAACUUGUAAACAAACACAAAUUUUCUUGUAGAUAAAUAUUUUGGAUUGGUCCGACAUAAAGAGAAUAUUAUGUAUAUCAAAAGAAAUCCAGUGAUAGAUAGUAGAUAUUCCUUUAGAUUAGUUUUUAGUUGUGUACAUAGCAAAGAAGGUAUAUUGAUAUUUUUAGUAGAGGUAUAUGAUAUUCUUGAUGCUUUUUUAGAGAUGCAUAGUAUUAUGCAGCUAUGAUCUUUUGGUUGUUUCACGUCAUAUUUUUAGAAAGAACCACGCAGAUCUCUUAUAGAUAAUCAAUCUUUCUUUUAAAAGAAUACAUGAAAAUACUGUUAUAUUGAGCAAAAAUCAAAGAUAUGUUCGUUAUCCAAAAUAGCAUGGUUCUCCUCAAAACUGUUGUGUUUUAAAUAUUAUUUCUUUCUCAAUAAUUAAAAACAAAAAUGAUCUACUCUAUCCCGUGUUGUGCACUAAGAGGUAAUUUUGAUUGUAAUGUUUUCAUCAACAAAAAAUCACAAGAAUUAAAAAUGUUGCUAGUCCUUGGAGAAUAGUUCUAAAUAAAUUCUCACUAUAAAUGUUGGAAAUAUAUUGAGAGAAAUUCGAAAUAAAAGAUAUGUGUGGUUUAACCAUCUUUCUGUGUAUUGAAUGAUAAUGGGUUGUUUGAUAUCUCGUACAUGUAAAGGCGUUUUUGUUAACUUUUUUUGCAAGGAAAAAUUAGAACGCCUAUCUCGCAGAUUUUUGUUCUGUACCAUUAAUAUCUAGUUAUGUGAGAAUUUUUUAAUGUUAUAUUUUAUGCCAGUAUAUUGAUCAGCACAAAUUCAGAUGUACUUAUCAGCUACUCAGAACCAUAUUUUGUUACACCAUUACAAAUCUGAUGAAUAAUAACGUUUUAUAAAAUU